AUGUAAAAGUAAAUCCUAUAUAUCUCAGCUACCCUUGCUCUACUCGGAGUCUCCUCUGCAUAAUUCCGUGCAGGUAAAUGCGAGGAAAUAUAGCUCCAAGAUAAAUUCGAUGCUACUAGAUACACUGGAGUCUGGUUUGAAAUCGUGAGAGACCCAAUUGCCUCAAGAUUUGAAAAGUUCGAAUGCCAAGAGGCCAACUAUUAACUCUAUUCAGAUGGAGUUCUCUCUGUCCACAACUCUUAAUUUAACACAGACAUCGGCUAAGUUGAGUCAAAGUUUGCCAAUGGUACCUGUAAUGGUGCACACUGCAGCGUUAGAUUCUUUGAUAACCCUCCUUAUGUCCCAGCUGGUGAUUACAGAGUUGUUGACACUGACUACGAAUCCUACUCUCUAGUUUAUUCUUGCCUUGAUAUUCCUGACUAAGGUAAACUUGAAUACGCUUGGAUUCUUUCCAGAACACCAGAGCUUGCUGAUUCACUCUUCUAGCAUGCUUCAGAUGUUCUAAAGAAGAAAGUCAAAGAUUACGACCAAUCUAAAUUCCAUCACACUAAAUAAGGCAAGGACUGCACUUAUCUCCAGUGA